AUGGAUUCUCUAACGCCAAUCAACCCAUACACUCAAAAUGUCACCUUUCAGCAUAGAGAUGGCUAUCUCAUCGAAGUCUCGAUGCCAAUGGUGAAUGCCUUCGUCGGUUACAACGUCCGCGUAUGCAUCAACUAUGGGGUUCAACUUGGAGCAACACUGGCUUUGCUGGUGAUUCUUCUGCUUUUGACCCAUGCCGACAAGCGACGCUCAGCGGUAUUCAUCUUGAACGGCCUGGCGCUUUUCUUCAAUUCCAUCCGCCUGCUCUUCCAAGUCCUACAUUUCGAGACCAAAUUCGAGAGACUAUAUGAAUACUUCUCCGGCGACUACACGGCCGUGCCAUUCAGCGCAUAUGCCAUGUCCAUUUCCGCCACGGUAUUCUUGACAUUGGUCAUAGUUUGCAUCGAAAUCUCGCUGGUGCUUCAGCUGAAUGUGGUUUGCUCUACUCUCCGUCGGCGCUACAAACGUCCACUGUUAGGACUGUCCGCCCUGCUUGCUCUGGUGCCAAUCAUCUUCCGCUUUUGGUUCAUGGUCGAGAACUGCAAGCUGAUCAUAACACUCGAAUACAUGGCUUCGCUUUGGUGGGUGGAAAGCGCAACCAACAUCAGUCUCACGGUCAGCAUUUGCUUCUUCUGCACUGUCUUUGUCGUCAAGCUCGGCUUUGCCAUCAAUCAACGGCGCCGACUUGGUGUCCGUGAAUUCGGUCCCAUGAAAGUCAUCUUUGUCAUGGGCUGCCAAACCAUGGUCGCUCCUGCCAUCUUCUCAAUCACCCAAUACUACAUCGUCAUCCCAGAGUUAAACUCCAACGUCGUGACCCUGGUCGUGAUCUCACUCCCCCUCUCAUCAAUCUGGGCUGGUGCUGCCCUGGAAAGCUCGCGGAGUCUUCGCAGUCAAGACAAAAAGCAUCGCAACUUCUGGCGCUCGCUUGCUGGUGGCGCUGAUAGUUCCCUUAGCAGCCCAACAAAGGAUAGCCCCACGAGUCUUUCGUCAAUGGGUGCUGCACAGACCCUCUGCUACUCGGACCGUACUUCAACGACGACCAAGAGCUCACCGACCUCGCGUGACACGGAUGCGUUCUACGGCAUUUCGGUGGAGCAUGAUAUUUCCAUCGAUCGAGAGACAAGGAAGCAAUCAAUGGUUUGA